GAGAUUGACAGAGAGUGUGAAAGUUUUGUUUUAAGUGAAACUGAGAAUCAUAAAGUGAGAGAGAGAGGAGUCGAGUUUUGUUCUUAGAGAAAGAGUGAAACUGAGGAGAAGAUGGGAAGCGGAAAAAAGAAAAUCGAGAUUAAAAGAGUAGAGAAGGGCGGGCAGAGAAUGGUGACAUUCUCCAAGAGACGUCAGGGUCUCUUCAACAAAGCCCGACAACUCCGAUCCCUCACUGGCGCCGACAUCGCUAUCCUCACCUUCUCCCCCGCUGGCCGUCCCUACACUCACGGCGAACCCUCCUUCGACGCCCUUGUCGACCGUUACCUCAACACCGCCGCCGCCGGAGAGAAGGCAGAAGAGGGUUGUGAGGCUGCCGCCGCGAACCACCACCGGUUGAGUUCGUGGUUGGAUGCUCUGCAAUUCGAUGCGAGUGAUAGCAUUGAAGAUUUGGAAAUCUUGAAGAAAGGGCUUGAAGAGAUCGCAGCGAAAGUGGCUGAGAAAAUUGAUGACGUUUUUGUUGAUUCUUUGCUCGUUUGAUGAUGAAUUUAAUUGAAUUAUAUGAUGUAAUUAAGCAUUUUUUUUUAUAUUAGGUAUGGCUUAUAAGCUGUUUGACAAGUUGACUCACUCAAAUUUUGUUUAGGAUUAUGUAUGUAAUGUUAGUAUGUUCCACCAUUCAUUAUGAGAAGAGUUGAAUUUAUUCAUCC